AGCACCCAGCAGUACGUAGUCUAGUCAUGUUGCGGUGCAGUGUGUACGAUGGUGUACGUGUGUGUACGGACACCGGCGGAAUGAUGUGAGAUAUGUACGGCCAUUGAUGGGGUGUUCUUUGGGGAAUAUUUGAAGUUUUACCGGACUCGAAUAAUUUGCUCUUUAUUCCAGUAUGCCAAGUGAAGACAGACGGCACAACCUUGUUCUCCAUCCUUCCAUCUAUGCAUAGAAUGAGGAAUAACCAACAAUUGGAUAGAUAUUUAACUUGGAUGUAGUUUACAUAAGAUUGUGUGUAAAUGCAGACUCUGCUGAGAAGACACACGUAAACAUAUGGAAGAGACGAGCAAAUAGAACGUUGUAUUCUACAAACACACAGCACGGCAUCCUCCAAUCCUGCCAUCAUUAACAUAGUCAGUGUCAAGGUGGAGACUUGUUUUCUAACUAUAAGAAGCAGCCGACGUUGCCCUGUAGUCCAUCAUGGAUUCCUGCUCUCUGGCACGUCUUCUCCUGGAUUUGUUUUUCCUCUUGGCUGUUUUGGGUAUUUGUUGUGGGCAAUAUGACACCUGGAGGAGGGACAUGAUGCGUCGCCAUGGUGACGAUGAUGGUGAUGAAUCAGAACCAGAUGAAAACUUUUUUUACAUCGAUGCGUUCAUGCCUGGAGUAAUAAUCGAUAAGUCUGAUCAGUAUGUGUGUACAUCAGUACUGGUGCCAAGACAAGAUUCAUAUAUCGUUGGUUUUGAGCCUCAUGCGAGUAUGAAUACAGCCCACCAUAUGCUACUGUAUGGAUGCUCAGAUAUACAGGCACAGCCAGGACAGUUCUAUGACUGUGGUCAUAUGGGUACAUGCAGAGGAAAUGGUAAAAUUCUGUUUGCUUGGGCAAGAAAUGCAUCCCAGCCUUCAAUACCUUCAGGUGUUGGUUUUCAUGUUGGAGGAAGUAGUGGACUAAAAUACUUCACUCUUCAAAUUCAUUAUGGGGAAUGGAGUCAUCUGAAAGGCAUGACACCAGAUCACUCUGGAGUAUCAAUGUACAUGACCUACACGCCGCAGCCAUAUGCCGGGGGUGUUUAUCUAUUAGGAGCAUCAUCCAUGUCUAUUCCGCCCGGAGAAACAAAUUACCAUGCUGAUGUUGCAUGUGCGUACAGGGAUCCCAUUCCUAUCUACCCUUUUGCUUUUCGUACCCACGCCCAUGAGCUGAGCACAGUCAUCAGUGGUUACCGUAUACGACAAGGCGAAUGGGCCCUAUUGGGUAAAGGAAACCCACAAUGGCCACAGGCAUUUUAUCCGAUGGAACAAACCUUUGAGAUUCGACAGGGUGAUUAUUUGGCAGCACGAUGUACGUACAACUCCUUAACAAGACACACAACAACACAUGCUGGUGCAACAGCCAAUGAUGAGAUGUGUAAUUUCUACAUGAUGUAUUACACGGACGCCAUUAAUGGUGAAUCUUAUAAGAUGUGUUGGGAUGGUGGCAGUCAACAAAUCUUUAGGAAUAUCCCAUUUGAUUCCGACACAAUUCCCCUUCAUCCUCCAUCGCUCCACCGGCAGGAAGUCCCCCAGGGAGGUGUACCUUACGAUCAUGUACCCCAAGAAUCUUACGGCUACAACAACAAUGAAGAGUCCAACUACAAUCCUAACUGGAAUGCAGACGACCCAAAUGAGGACACCUAUAAGAACUUUUUAGACAAGUGGAGCCGCAUCACUCAGUCGUAUUUCACCCAAGGUGAAAAUGAAGAAAAAGUGGAUGGAGCAGAUGAGAUGGUUGAAGAUGUAGGAAUGGAAGUGAAUACAGUGAAACCUGAGAUGGGGCAGACGGUAAUGGAUGCUGAGUGGUCCACAGAGAGGGCUAAGACAGAGCAAGGUGCUGCUGAUGAGGGAAAGGAUGAUCUGCGGAAGAUGGAGGGAUGGCCAAUCACUCAAGGUAUAACACUAGGACAGGUUGCUGGAGUAGCAGUUGAUUCAACAGGAGAUGUGCACAUAUUCCAUAGAGUGAAGACAGUGUGGGGUGUAGGGAGUUUUAGUGUUGACAACCAUUACCUGCAUUCAGAACAAGGUGCCAUCAAAAACAACACAGUACUAGUAAUUGACAAGGAAACAGGACUGGUUAAACAGCAGUGGGGAGCUAACAUGUUUUUCAUGCCUCACGGUCUCUCCAUUGACCAUGAGAGUAAUGUUUGGCUCACAGACGUUGCUCUCCACCAGGCUUUCAAGUUUCCUGCUGGGGGUAGUGGAGAGCCACUACUCACUCUAGGAACAGAAUUUCAGCCAGGCAGUGGUACUGACCACUUCUGUAAACCAACGGACGUUGCAGUUGAUCCAGCCUCAGGGAAUAUUUAUGUCGCUGAUGGCUAUUGUAACAGCAGGAUCGUCAUGUUUUCUCCUACUGGAGACUACAUUAAGGAAUGGGGGAAAGCAUCAUCCUAUAUUGGAAGGGAGCUUGCAAUCAACCCUGCACCAAGUACGUUCUCAGUACCACACAGCCUAUCAUUCAUCCCAGAUAGACGCCAAAUAUGUGUAGCCGACAGGGAAAAUGGACGUAUACAGUGUUUUCAAGCUGACACAGGGGAGUUCAAGAAGGAAUACAAAUUAAAGGAGUUUGGGGCUCAGGUAUUUGCCAUCAACUACAGUCCCUGGAAAGGAGGUGUGUUGUAUGCAAUCAAUGGGAGAGGAGCCAUCAGGGGGAGUACGUCCAAUCCAGUAGUACAAGGAUUCACCAUUGACUUUGAUACCGGCAAGCUGUUACAGACGUGGAAACCUGCAAGUAUGGAGUUUGGUCGGCCCCAUGAUGUUGUUGCAUCCACUGAUUUUAGAAAUGUGUACGUUGUUGAAAUUGGACCCAACAAAGUGUGGAAGUUUGAAAGAACUCUUGGACCUGAGCCAACUACAUCAAACUUGUUAGAGAAUGGUCACAGCAGCCAGUCAUUGAAACAGAACUCCUCAGAGCACAUACCUAAUGCAGCCACAGAUGCCAGCCUUACCACUACAGCCAUCAUUGUAGCAGUACUGGCGGUUCCAAUCUUCCUGAUGCUACUGGUUGCUAUUGCAGUCCGCUUAAGGGCACAGGGGCGGAUGAAAUUCUUCAAAGGAGGUGACUCAGGGACGGCAAUCCGAUCGGGAUAUAGAGCGACUGACAAGUUCAGUUUUGGAAAUUUUUUCAAUCGCAGAAAGGGUUUUAACCAGGUGAGCACGGAAGAUUCAGAUCACGAUGGGGGGAUGGGUUGGAGUGACGAUUCUGACGUUGAGGAGUACAGCAUUAUGAAUUCAAAGAGAACGCAAAAUUUAUGAGAGGGAAUGUGAUAUGUUUGUAGAAUGAUUUGUUAAAAACAUUUUUUGUCUUGGUUAUCCUCCCUUUUCUAAAUCCUUGUGGGUCUCUUCACACUAAUGCAUACAUAGGGCACAUUUCAUUACGUGAUAAUGAUAUAAGCCAUGCAGGAUUGUGCUUAUACUAACACAAUGUUUUGUUUAUUUAAGAUUAGAGAUGAUCGUUAAAUACGCCAGGUCAGUAUACAGAUAAGUUUCCACGCUUAAACCGCUGUGAUAUUUUUCCUGUACUUACGUGCAUUCUUGUGUUUGCUCAAUGGAAUGUCUGGUUGGAUAUUCAUGUCAGCUUUCCAUCAGUGUCCAUCUUGUAUAGUUGAUGUUUGGUGUCUUGUAAUCAGACAUGACAUGCUUACUGUGUAGCCCUUAGAUGGAUAGCACUGUUGGGCAAGGUAAAUGGGUUACUGCUACAUGUAGGCAGACACAACAUCAUCACCAAUCUAAGUUUAGACCUUCUUUGUUGGCAACAGUUAUAGACCUUUUAUAUGCACAUGACGUCAUUUCAGUAGGGCGCUCUCACCCAGAGGUCAAACGGAGGUUGUUCAUUGGCCAAUCCUGUGCACCAUGCGUACGAAUCUGUGCAUUUUGACUGUUUCGGCACCGUUUUUACUUCUAAGAUGGCUACUGGAUGACGUUAAUGCAUAAGGUCUAUUGAGCUGCAAAACAAUGAAGUACAAACAUAUGUUUACAAGUGAUGGCUUUAUGAAAUGGUAAAGUGUGUACCGUACAUGUACGUCAUUUGUUUUUUAAGAGUAGUCAUACAGCAAGAUCACAAGACAAUAUCCUAAAAUUACAAAGGUUGUUUAGUGUAUUAGGAAAGAAUUUUUCUAUUAUGUAGGUUUUUUUUCUGGCUUAGUGUGACUUAACAACUACAUACUCAGUUAUUUUCUUAAGUUUAUUCAUGUUUUUGUUUUAAGUUGAAUUAUCACAUAGUUUUACCAAUUUAUUUAAAAUGUUACUAGCUGAGGUUAAAAUGGACACCAUUUGUGUACAUUGUAUAGUGCUAUGAACCCAUUAAAGGCUUUAAAUCACAACAUUAAAGAAAGCAUCACUUUACAGGCAACUUAAAGCAGCUCAAAAUUUGUUGAAUGUUUUUUUUGUUUUUUUGAAAUUCGCCAUUUAUUUUAUAAAUAUUAAAAGCGUGUAACCCCAUCUCAAUGCAAGAAAUUACACAUUCCGUUCACUUUUAAUAUAAUUAUUGAAACAUUAACUCAAGUAAUUUUUUUCUUCUGGCAAACAUCUCUUACUGUUCCUUUUACUGAAUACAUGUUUCCAAUUUGCUAGAAGGGGAUGAUAAUUUUGGUAUUUGGGUUGGCUGAGUGGUGGUGUCUUUACAUUGCAUCUUUGUUGACUCUAGUUCGAAUCCUGCUAAGGACCAGAGCCUGUGCAUGUGGAUUGGGUUUUUCAGUCCCUUUUUAUAAGGGGAUGAUAUAGUUGGCAUUGGGGUUGGCUUAGUGGUGUCUUCUCUUCAUUCAAUUCACCUCUGUGGACUCAUGUUCGAAUCCCGCUCUGGGUAGAGUCAUGCAUGUAUUGGGUUUCCCAAGUUUUUUUCUCUUAUGUUUUCUAGAAAGGUAUUUUCAGACCUAUGUGUUUUACAGUGCAAAGCACAUUAGAGGGUUUCUUUAUUAUUUAUAAUACCAGAAUGAAAAAAUCUACAUAAAUGUAAAGGAACUUUUAAAUAAAGGACUGGUGGAGACUUAAGCUCCCCUCCCAUUUCUAAUCACCCCCUCCCCCAUUAAAAUAAUAAACUAUUGAUAAUAAUAAUUUUAGAAAUAGUUAUAAAUAUAUAUUCUUGAUGAGUUUAAUUUGGGAACCGAUGCAUUGAAGUGGAUAUAGGCUCUGGUCAGCCUCAUAACACAUUGUGUUGUUAUCAUCUCUGCAUACAUGUUUGUGCUUGGUGAAACAUCUCAUUUGCCUGAUUUGUAUUCAAUACCCGAAGGUACAAUUUGUGGAAAUUAAGUUGCACCAUUACUGUGCAUCCAUUGAAUCUGCAUGGUUCUUCUAAUACAAUAGUGGUAUGUACAUGUACUGUGCAAAUGUAUGACAUAGAAAUGGUAGUCCAGCAACCAUUAUGGAUAAUAUGUAACUGUAUAUAACAGUUUUAGGGCAGUUAUAUCAUGUUGUAAAUAUCCAGUCAGUGUGUUUAAACCUAAGAUUAUAGCAAGAUACUUCAAGAUUAAGCAAUCGAGACAAACAAACUCAAAAAUCUUCAAGUACUAUUCAUAAAUUUAAUUAUUGUAGUUUUGUACAUCAGUACUGUCUAACACUGAAAGAUUAGCAUUGGUAUUCAUAUACUAAUUAAUUGUCAAUACCAAAAAUUGAAUUGCUGAUGAUAGAAUGAUGUUCAUUGGUUAUACACAACAACAUAUAUUGUAAUUAUGUGUGUAUGUUUUAAUUAUCUGGGAAGACAUGAAAUAAACAAGAAAGAGUUGUUGGUAAACAAGAACCAAUAAUAUAGACUUCA